GGCGGCGGGGUGACGGCGAGCGCGUCUGCUGCGGAACGCGGAGCCGGAAGGCGAGCCGAGCCAUGGAGCCGCGGCUGUGAGGAGCCCCCGGCCCGGGCCCCGCUCUUGGGAAGCCGGGCCGAGGCCGGAGCCGGAGGACAUGGACAAACUGACCAUCAUCUCAGGAUGCCUCUUUCUGGCCGCCGACAUCUUCGCUAUUGCCAGCCUGGCGAACCCGGACUGGAUCAACACCGGCGAGUCCGCGGGUGCUCUCACAGUUGGCCUUGUGCGACAGUGUCAAACCAUUCAUGGACGUGACAGGACCUGUAUUCCUCCACGGUUGCCUCCUGAGUGGGUCACCACCUUGUUUUUCAUCAUCAUGGGAAUCAUUUCACUGACUGUCACAUGUGGCUUGCUAGUGGCUUCCCACUGGCGAAGAGAAGCAACUAAAUACGCACGCUGGAUAGCAUUCACUGGAAUGAUCCUAUUCUGCAUGGCAGCCCUAAUAUUUCCCAUAGGAUUUUAUAUCAACGAAGUGGGCGGCCAACCUUAUAAACUGCCGAACAACACAGUGGUUGGGUCGUCGUACGUACUGUUUGUUUUAUCCAUUUUCUUUACAAUAGUGGGACUUCUAUUUGCUGGCAAAGUCUGUUUACCUGGCUGACAAAGGUCUAGAUACUGCUUCACUCGGUCAUGAAGGAGAGUAGGACGUCUGUCGCUAUCUCGGAAGGAUUCCUGCGUUGGGCUGCUGCAGUCUUACCGGAACGAGGAGGUCUCUGAUGCGUUCUCACUAUGCACUUUGGAUUUAUUUUUGUUUUUGAACGGAGAGCCUUUCCCACAACCAAAUACAGACAGACAGCCUUGACUCAUCUCCUGAGCGUCUGGAUGCGGUCAGGUGUGCACUGUGAUAGAAACUAGUGUAGUGGAAUAAUUCUUUUCUACACUGUGCAGCGUUAUUGCCCUCCACCCCCCCACCCCCCACCCCAACAUCACUGUACUGGACCCAUUUUAGAUAACUUGACAAUUUUGAAAAAUCUCAAAAGUAUUUAUGAACUUUGGUCGACCAGAGGUUUGCCAAGGGAGUUGGAAGUGGGGCUGGCCUCACUCUCUUUAGGAGAUAAGCAUCUUCCUUCUGUGAUAGGCAAGAAGCAUUUGCCGCCAAAAAAAA